ACAGGGACGAUGAAGCCAAUCUGUCAGCCCUUGUUGGGGCACUCUGGUUGGGUCCGCUCAGUCUCUUUCUCGCAAAAUGGGACUCGCAUCAUUUCUGGUUCAUCUGAUGGGAUUGUCCGUGUGUGGCAUACAGCGAUUGGGAAGUCAUUCCAGGAUCAUGCUGAAGAAGAUUGUUCAGCACCCUCCCCGCACGGCAGUUGCAUCCUACUUUCGACAACAACCAUCCCCACACCCCAUACUACCAACGAUAACCUCAUUUGCUUCUCAUCCAACCCGACACAUGCACUGUGCGAUACUGCUGAGCUACUCGCAGGCACCCCCCAUGAAGAUCACACAUUUGCGCUGAGAGGCGAUGGAUGGGUGUUAGGACCAAAUGAUCAGCUCCUAUUCUGGGUGCCACCCGCUUCUCGAGAACCGUUUUAUAAUCCUUGGACUGCAUUAGUGAUACCCAGAGGUGGUGUUGAGCUUGAUCUGAGUCUCAUGGCGCAUGGGACACGCUGGCAGCGCUGCCGCAAGGACUCUCGAUUACGAUUGAAUUGAUUUGCACAUUAUAGCGAGUGUUGGACCCACGGAUAGCCUGGGAACAAGGGACAGUCCGAGUCGGUGAGCAAAAGGAGCUUGGUAGAGCGUUAGAUGAUAGUCAUUAGUUUCGUGGCUUUCGCUAAUGUCAUUGCGUGUCUCCAAGGGAGUAUAGCGUCAUGGAACAACUUGUACGAGAUGUGCACGAAUUAAUGAAUACCAUAGUGUUGAUACCAAUGUUUAGUUCGAGUUUGCUGAUCUUUUCACGUCUUUUGGUGACGAUGAGUGGUAUAUUUUUAUUCGAU